GGGGUCGUUUUUGGCACCAAGGCUGCAGCACUCAUGACGAACGUCACUCACAUUGCUUGUGACCACUGGGUACAUACACUUGUGCCAAUGGGAUUUGUCCUUGGAUGUUAUCUAGACAGAAAGAAUGAAGAAAAGCUAACUGCCUUCUGGAAUAAGAGUUUGUUGUUUAAGAGGGAAUUGAGACCCAGUGAAGAAGUCACCUGGAAGUAAAGGCUAUGACUGAAUUAUAGAAUGUUCACAUUUUAAAAAUUAGGAGAG